UUGGAUGACUCAUUUCUGCUAAAUAACAAAUUUUGAAUUUCGAAAAUAUCAUUUGUCUGAAUAGUUGUAUCAUCAACGUCUUGGUCUGUUUGCUCAAAAUUAAUUGAAUCGUUAACGCUAUCCAAAAAAUCCACAAAAUCUUUCGAUUGUUCAUCAUCCUCCUCCUUAUUAUCAUCACUAACAUCAUCACCUUCUUCAUAAAGUUGAACAUUUUUUUGAGUUGACUUAUUUUCUUUCCUUACUUUCUUUACGAGAUCACGCAUAUUUAUUCUACCACUAUCAAUUCCUAAUGAAUGUGCUUGAUCAUUGGCAAAAUUAACCGCUUCAGAAAUUGUUUACGCUUUUUGAGUGAUAAUCAUGAAUGAAGAUUCUGAUAGUUUUUGCUGUUGGUAACACGAAAUUUAGUCUAAAAUUCUCAAACAGUCCCAAUGAAACCUCUUAUGUAAAGAAAGCAUGAAUACAUUUUCACUUCAGUGGAGUUCCUUCGUCAGUAUUUUUGAGCGUUAAAAACAAACUCUUUUAGCAAUGUCGGAAUAUCUAAGCUGGAUACGAGCACAUCACUGUUCUGCAUAAAAUAUAAGAAAAAUGUUUAGAUUUAUAUAUUUAUGUGUAAUAGUUCAAAAUAACAUGAUUUUAAUUUUAUCAUUUUAUGCUCCAAGAUGACUCGACGAAAGGACUACAUAGAAGAUUUAAAGGAUUUGAUAACAGGAGACUAUUUCAAUGAAUUUACUGAUGAAAACGAUCAGCCAAGACCUGAAAUGAGACAAAGAGAUCCAUUAUUCGUGGAAAUAGCUGGAAUUUUAAGAGAACGUGGCCAUAAUAUUCGGAAUCCAAAUUGUUUAGCCUUAAGAUAUAAUAGGAAUGUAUCUACUUUUUUUCCUCAGCCUACGUCAAGUACUGAAGAUGAGGAAGCGAAUGAUGAUCAGGCCCAAAUAUAUUUCGAUUUGCUAGACGAUGUUCAAGAGUUAAAGGACAAUAUACAGGAACUCAAUGAACAAAUUGAUGAGCAGAAUCAGUUAAUGGUCGAAUUUGAAGAGUCGGUGAACACUUUGUCUGAAGAAAAUAAUGAAGAACAAAGAGAUUUUGUUGAGAUGCAGCACAAUGCGCAGCAAAGGCAGCGAAUGAUUUUGGAAACUGCAAGAGAAAUGCAAAACGAAAUUCAACAGUUCAAGGAUUUUUUGAUUCGAAAUUAGUGCACGAACUGAUGUGGAAAUUCGAGAUUGGUUGCAUGGUCGUUAGUUUCAUUCUGAACGUUCAGGAUUUCGUCCUUGAUCAAGUCAAAUCACGUAUUUUGAACAUUUUCGAUUUUCGGAUUUAAAUUAAUCAUAUUAUAUUUAUCGUUCAAUCUUGAUCAAUUUACAAUUUAGUUAUCCUGUUAAUCCUGUAAUAAUAAAUCCUUUAUUCACUUUAAUCUAAUCCUUACUUACAUUGACAAAAAAAAUCAGUUCCUUACCUACAUUGACAAAAAAAUCAGUUCCUUUUCUAUCAUCCUCAAACUCUUGAGUAAGGAACGUCAUAGAUUCCGCCAUUACCACCAUUACAGUGCCAUAUUUUAAAACUCAAUUCAUACUGUUCACCUCCCCAUAUAUCCAAUUUGUUAUCAUAACCACCAAUUUCCUAGAAGAAUUUUGCAGAAAUAGCAAAAAG